AUGGAAGAGAAAAAAAACACACAUUCGACACCGGAAUUGAUCUGAAGAAGGGUAGAAAUCGGAAGCACCGGACUCCACCUCCUGCUUAGUUUUCUGCUCACCGUAUUAAUUUGGUUGGUGUUUGCAUCGAACCAUCGAGUAUUUUCUGCUGCGAUUGCUUCCAUUUAUCGACUCUGAGGGUAUUGAAUUGAAUUAUGGGUCUUGGCGAGAGAUUUCGUUGUUUGCUUGUAAAGCAGAAUACUUUAUUUUAGAUUCUGCAUCUGUUUCCUUUUGAUUUCAGAAUUUCACUCUUUUUUUGUCAUUUUACUGUAAUGAAUUGAGAAUUAUGGUUCUGAGCGAGAAUCCUUUGAUUUGCUUGUAAAGCAGUAUACUUUAUCUUAGAUUCUGCAUUUAUUGGUCUAGUAUAUAUCUUUUCAAUUUGAUUCCAGUUUACUUAUAUCACAGUGAUUAUCUACUUUGGUUUAUUAGGAUUUCUGAGUUUGGCAGAAGGAUGGACAGGAUCAAUGGUCUAUCAGAUGAUAUCAUUUGCCACAUUCUAUCUUUCCUUCCGCUCAAAGAGGCUACCUCUACAUCUGUCCUCUCAAAGCGAUGGCGUUAUUUGUUUGCCUUCAGACCAUAUCUUUGUUUAGAUGAUCAAGAAGUGGGUGGAGGAGAAAGGCUCAUCGAUUUUGUGGAUAGAGUAUUGGCUGUGUCAGGCAAUUUCCCCAUAAGGAAUUUCUCUAUAAAAUGUCGUAUGAGUAUCGACACGGGUCAUGUCACCCGCUGGAUGAUUGACGUCCUGAAACACGGUGUCUCAAAUCUUGAUAUUGACAUAAUCGCUCAAGAUGUCGUUUUAGUUCCUCUCGAGAUCUUCACUUGCAAGACAUUGGUUGAGCUUAAACUAGCAGGAGGAUUUGAUGCUAUGAUUCCUGAUCAUGUUUCUCUUCCAUCACUUAAGACUCUCUUUCUUGAUUCGAUUUGGUUCUAUAAUAGUCAUUAUUGUGUUUUGGGAAAGCUUCUUUCUGCUUGCCCUGUGCUUGAGGAAUUGACCAUUUGUGGUGAUAGUUGGCAAAAUCCAAAAUGCUGUCGCAACGUGUCCUCUUUGACCCUUAAGAAACUUACUAUUAUGUGUACUGAACGUACGGAUUUUUGGGACAUGACUUUUGAUACUCCGAGUCUUGCCUACUUAGAAUACUCUGAUUUAGUUCCAAGACACUAUCCGUUUGUGAAUCUUGAGUCCCUUGUCGAAGCUAACCUCGAUCUUUAUGUACACGAUGUCAGCAAUCCAACAAAUCUGAUUAAGGGGUUAAGAAAUGUUGAGGUCUUGGAGUUAUCAUCUCAUUAUACCAGUGAGACAUUCUAUGCUUUCCGUGAAGCAAUCCCAGUCUUGAGCAAGCUGUUUCGUUUAUCUAUUACAACUGAUUCACGCCACUACCAUUGGAAACUUCUGCCAAUACUUCUAGAAAAAUCUCCAAAUCUAGAGACUCUCGUCAUCAAGGGUCCACUGUACGAUGAUAGAUAUGUAAGAGAAUAUGGAUUGUCAUGUCCUGUUAAAGUAUUGAAGAUAACUGAGUAUGGAGGAACAUUUGAAGAGCUAGAGCAAAUGAAACAUUUCUUAGAGAAAUUGCCAUGUCUUGAGCUUGUCAAAGUUCGUGCUUCUGCAAUAAACGACAAGGAAAAGUCUCGAAUCACCAAAUAUCUGCUAUUGGUUCCUAGAUCGUCCAAUUGCGAUAUCCAGAUCAAGUUUCUGUGAGUAAACUACUAAGUAAUGCAUGAAAAAACAAAUUUAGUUUGAUUGUAUUCAUUCUACACUAAUAAACAUACAUAUUUGAUUUCGUACA